CCCCGUCUUUGACGUUCUCGGCCCCCGACAACCCUCGGCUUUUCGUGAUCCCUUAAGGCGACGAAGCCCCCUCAUUCCCUUGGUCAGGGCCCCUUUCAGCACUCCCAAGGUCAAGGAUGUCUCCCGCUACCGCUACUCCGGCCUCCACCGGCCAACAGCUCGAGAAGAAGCCUGUGAAGUUCAGCAAUCUGCUGCUGGGCGCAGGACUGAACCUAUUCGAGGUUACCACCUUGGGUCAGCCGCUGGAAGUGAUCAAGACGACCAUGGCUGCCAACCGGGGCGACAGCUUCGCUGGUGCUAUGGGCCGGAUUUGGGGUCGUGGCGGGUUGCUCGAUUACCAAGGUCUCAUUCCGUGGGCCUGGAUUGAGGCUUCAACCAAGGGCGCUGUCCUCCUUUUCGUCGCAUCGGAGGCAGAGUUCCGUGCCAAGGUGCUUGGUGCGCCUGACAUCCUUGCCGGUAUGGCCGGAGGUAUGGUCGGUGGUAUUGCUCAGGCAUAUGCGACUAUGGGUUUCUGCACCUGCAUGAAGACGGUCGAAAUCACCAAACAUAAGAUGGCCGCCCAGGGUGUAAAGCCCCCCAGUACCUUCGCUACUUUCAUGGAUAUCUACCGCAAGGAGGGCAUUCGUGGUAUCAACCGUGGUGUGAAUGCGGUCGCCAUCCGUCAGACCACCAACUGGGGUUCCCGAUUUGGGUUUUCUCGUUUGGCUGAAUCGGCUAUUCGCAAGGUCACCAACAAGGAAGAAGGCCAGAAGCUCUCUGCCUUGGAGAAGAUCCUCGCUUCCGGUCUCGGAGGUGGUCUAUCAGCCUGGAACCAGCCCAUCGAGGUGAUCCGUGUUGAGAUGCAGAGCAAAACCGAGGACCCCAACCGUCCCAAGAAUCUCACGGUUGGUAAGGCUGCCAAGUACAUUUACGAAACCAACGGCAUCAAGGGGCUGUACCGGGGUGUAGCUCCCCGGGUGGGUCUGGGAAUCUGGCAGACCGUGUGCAUGGUGGCUCUUGGUGACAUGGCCAAGGAGGCAGUCGAAAAACUGACGGGCGACAAAGUCACCGCUAAGCACUAGAGAAGGUUUGAGAUACCCUUCUGCCAUGCGCGGUUUCAGUCAGAAGGCAGGUGCCUAGUCAGCUCACUGUCCCAUUCAUAUCCAUGCUGUGUGGAACUUGAUGGACCAGAAGCUCUGCGCGAUGCUGAGCAUACCGCAAGGAACUAUCGUAUUCUAAUAAUGUUAAUGGACCCCUAGUCUUUGAAAUACCCUGCUUUCCCCUCAAUCGAAGAAAGUCCAUUUGUCCGUGUUGUGCCGUGUCCAUGACGCGGCCCAUCGGCGUAGAACUAUCAUGUACCCUGUAGAUAUAUCAUUCAUUGACUAGUUGGCAAUUUAAUUUACUAGAUGCGGACAGAGUUUCAACAUGCUCAAUUGAU